GCGCGGGCACCCUGCUCUCUCCCUCCCCUCUCCAAUCCUACGGAGAAUGGGAGCGAGCCAUUUUUCGUCCUGUUUACAACCAAGAACCAAAACUUCCCCCAAACUUCUUUGGGGAUCCUUUCCCCGCAUUUCUGGGCCUCCUGGCCGAUUCCGCUAUCCGACCCUCUCCCGCAUCCGCCCGAGCUGUUGAUCUGGACUUGAUUUGAGAUCCGCAGCAGCACCGGAUAGGUUAGAUCAGAAAGAUCGAGGUUUCUUGCCACCAAUCUGUAUGUGCAUUGGCAAGUGGGGGGAAACCUGUUACUAGGCUGAGAGGAUCGUGAUUAUUGCAGAAAUUUGGCUCAUCGGCAAAGCUUCGUUGGGAGAAAAGGUUCCAUCUUAUGGAACCCUACGUUGGCAUGAGUAACCAAGGUUGCAGGAUUGAUGUUUCCUCAUUUACAAUCUGGUGUGAUCUGAGAAUAUUUGUGCCGCACUAAUGGGAGGUUCACAGGACAGGCUGGGCAUUUGAGCAACCUACAUGCAAAUUAUCGGUGCCCUGAUCUUUCAUGGCUGCGAAAGCUCGUGCGAGGCCGCGAUACUCUUGGCGGCGAUUCUGGUUGGUGCUGUGCCAUGCCUUGAGCGAGUGCUUCCUCAUCGUAAUGCUGCUUGUGGUCGCCGUGGUGUCGUAUACCGCGACGAGGUUCGCGCGCAUCUGCAGGAUCCGGUCACCGUGCAUGCUGUGCUCAAGAUUGGACAAGGUUCUGCAUGGCAAGGCCUGGUUCUCGGAGGAGCUGGUUUGUGCAGCACACAGGGUGGAAAUCGCGCGUUUAUCCUAUUGCCAGAUUCACAGCAAGCUCGCACAUUCUGAUGAUCUAUGUGGAAAGUGCUUGGUUUCAUGUUCUGGACCAGUUGGUCAGCCAGGUAACCCAACAAACAUGAGCGUUAAGGAGAAGGCGGGGCACACACAGCGAUGUUCUUGUUGUUCAGAGCCAUUCACGAAGAGAGACAACGCGCACAAGUUAUUUGAGGAGGUGAAUGGCAGGUCUCAGAAUGAUGGCAUGAGCAAAGUGAAGGAGAGAAGCAUGGCCACGGCAAGCGUUGGGCAUUCUUCGGAUGAGGAUUUUGAUCAAUUGCCUUACGGAGGUUACAGAAAGCUACAUGACUCUCAAUCAGAGAUUCAUGUCUCAGACGAUGAUGUUGGCGGCGAUGCAAAGCCUUAUGAAGCUAAACGUCGAACCAGAGAUCUCGACGAGCGCUCGAAGGCUGUGCCUGGGCAAGUUCGUCAGGAGCUUCCGAAAGAGAAAACUUUUCUGGUUGGUAUUGAGGAGGUCGGCGAUUUAGAGGGUGUUUCACGAAGCCCUGACCAGGAAGCUAACGGGGCCCGCUCAACUACAAACCAUUAUGUCAACCGCAACAAUAGCAUGAAGAAUGCUCCUGGUGGUAGAGGCAAUCUUAGAUCUCCUCGAUGGUCUGAAGUAAUCUCCGCUAAGGAAACCAAUUCAACAACACAUGAAGAAGUGAAGACAUUCAUGUCCCAGUUGUCUUCUGCGCGAGGCCUCGAUGGUCCUUGGAGUGAGGUGGCUGCUAGCCCCAGAAUCAGCAUACAGAUUGAUGAGUACAGUCAAUCUGAUGCCACUGAUGGCAGGCAGUUCCUUGAUCUGGAACCAUCUGAUGGCCAAGUUCCAACUGAAGCUGAAGGUGAAAUCUCCCUUGAGUCCCUGAAGAAGCAAUGUGAGCUUAACAAGAAAAAACUAAGUAUCCUUUAUAAAGAGCUCGAUGCAGAACGGAGUGCUUCGUCUGUUGCAGCAAGUGAAGCGAUGGCUAUGAUCAAUAGGUUGCAAGUGGAAAAGGCUGCAAUGCACAUGGAGGCGCUGCAGUAUCUCCGGAUGAUGGAAGAGCAGGCUGAUCAUGACCAAGAAGAAAUUGGAAAGCUAAAUGACUUGCUUACAGAAAGAGAGAAAGAAAUGCUUGACCUGGAAGCUGAACUCGAAGGUUAUGAGAGCAGGUUCCGCAUCGAACCAUUUGAGCUCGGAAAAUUUGACGCUAUUGAUGGAGAUAUGGCACUCAGAGUCUUGGAUAAUUCAGAUUUUGUGAGGAAUACCAUCUUUGAUUUUGAAGAUGAGAAGGCCAAAAUUUUGGAAUCCUUGAGCAGAUUAGAGGAAACACUUGGCAUGCCUUACACAAAUAGAUUUGAUUUGGGUGGCACAAGUGAUAGCCUACAGAGUGGGUCACUGAGAGAUCAUCCAACUGAUUGGCCAGGCCAAAGUGUAGAAAACUCAGAAUUGGAAUCUCGGAGUUCACUAUUGCCUCAGGAGCACUUGAACGAUGACUCGCUGAGAGAUCAUCCAAGUGAUGGGCCUGGCCAACAUGCAGAAAACUCAGAAUUGGAACGUCGGAAUUCACUAAUGCCUCAGGAAGACUUGAACGAUGAAUCACUGAGAGAUCAUCCAAGUGAUGGGCCUGGCCAAUAUGUAGAAAACCAAGAAUCAGAAUGCCAAAGUUCACCAUUGCCUCAGGAAGACUUGAAAGAUGAAUCAGUCUCUUUACAACGAAAUGAUGAAAAUCAAUCUGCUGAGAAUCAAAAAUAUGUUGGCCCAUGUUCGCGCUCAGAUGACGAUAAAAUUAGUUCCAUGGAAAGCAUUAAACAAGAAAUUUUGCUCUUGAAUAGUAGAUUCAUGGCACUUGAAGCAGAUCAGAAGUUUCUCAAGCAGAUAUUGAGUUCUCUUAAAUGUAGUAGUGAUGCAGAACAAUAUGUGCAGGAGAUAACUAGUCAUUUGAGGGAGCUCCGAAGAAUUGCUACCGAGCAGAGAGAUAGGACAGCUCUAUGAGCUCAAAAUUAUUCAGCAUUCAGAAGGUAAUAAUAGGCCAUAGUUGUAGCCCAUCUAUUGGCAAUGUGUUUGAGAACAUGCUGUGGAAAAUCAAAAUGUGUUAGUAUAGCUUAUAGGAUGUGUAUCAGGAUAGGUUGAUGUUCAGGAGACCUUAUGCAUUGUAUGAGGUUCACCAAAUGUACUGCAAAUAUCUUUUGAAAUUAUUAGCCUUAGGUUGAUUCUUC